UUGAGAUACCAAAGUAGCGGCGAGGCAAGAGUAGAGCAGAGAGUAGUAAGAGCUUAAUCAAAACGACACCGUAGCAUGGCCUCCUCCGGCGCACCGAAAAUCCUAUUGGCAAAGCCGGGGCUGGUGACUGGCUCCCCGGUGGCGGGAAAAUACGGCCGCGGCGGCAGUGGCGAUGAGUAUACGGCUUCGCUUCGUUCCAUCGGAUCCCUCAACCUCCUCUCUGAUUCCUGGGACUUCCACAUCGACCGCUUCCUCCCCUUUUUGACUGACAACACUGACUUCACGGUGGUCGGGGUCAUUGGGCCGCCUGGAGUCGGCAAGUCCACUAUUAUGAACGAGCUUUACGGCUUCGAUGCCACCUCACCUGGAAUGCUACCCCCAUUUGCUAUAGAGACUGAAGAAGGUAAAGCAAUGGCCAGGCAUUGUAGUGUGGGCAUUGAACCGAGGGUUUCUUCCGAGCGCCUUAUACUUCUUGACACCCAGCAGCCGGUUUUUAGUCCUUCUGUUUUAGCUGAGAUGAUUAGGCCUGAUGGAUCAUCCACCAUUCCUGUUCUAAAUGCUGAAGCUUUAUCGGCCGAGUUAGCUCAUGAAAUCAUGGGCAUUCAGCUUGGUGUUCUUCUGACUUCCAUCUGUCACAUUUUCCUGGUUAUAUCAGAAGGAGUUCAUGAUCAUAAUAUGUGGCAUCUAAUAUCAACGGUUGAUCUAUUGAAACAUGGUAUUCCUGAUCCAUCUUCACAUAGCCUUUCACAUUCUCAGAGCUCAAAUGCAGGGCCUGAAAAGGAUAGCAAGGAAAAAGCUCCUGAAGGUGGAGAGUAUAUGGCCUUGCCAGUUUUUGUGCACACAAAAUUACGAGAUCACGAUCUUAGUCCACAUAGUCUAUUGCGACUGAAGAAGGCACUUCAACAAUACACCAGCACCUCUUCUUUCACAAAAGCGAAAAAUGCAAAUGUGUCUAGAGAACAUCCUGUGACUUCUAUGGCUCUCAGUACUCAGAGUAAGGAUCCUGAUUCUCUUGUGCCAAAGUUGUAUGUAAUCCCGAUGAAGAGUAAAGAUGACUCCCCAGGAGAACAGUAUGAAAGUUAUACCUCUAUGCUAUGGAAAUUGCGGGACCAGGUCUUAUCCAUGAAUCCCCCUUCUUUUCGAAAGACUCUGACUGAACGUGAUUGGUUAAAGAACUCUGCCAAGAUAUGGGAACUGGUGAAGAGCUCUCCUAUUAUUGCCGAAUACAGCAGAACGCUUCAAAGUUCUGGUAUGUUUAGGAGGUAGACAACUCCUGUGUACCUUUAGCGGUUCCAUGAUACAGUGACGGGUCUGCAAGCGGCCUUAGACUAGCAUACCCUAAUGUUUUUUUUUAACUUUUGUUACUUGCUUUCACACGCUUUCACACGAUGUGUCUGGUUUACCCCUUUAUCAGCUAGGAAAUUGAAACUGCAUGAAAAUUUAUAUUGAGGAUCUACUUUCUAUUUCCCCAGAUUAUAUCUCUUUUUUAUGUUUGUGGCAAGA